AUGGCUGUUCAGGCUGCCAUCAUGAACUCGCAGUUCUUAAACUUUUGUUUUCCUGGCUCGGUCAUGGAUUAUGAGGUGGAAAGGGGUCUGGAAGGGGGUCUCCUGGGUGAGGUGGACUGCGAGUGUGACUUUAAGGAGACCACUAGAGACCUACUUAGCUUCAUCGACUCGGCUUCCAGCAACAUCAAACUUGCACUGGACAAACCUGUCAAGUCCAAGAGGAAAGUCAACCACCGAAAGUACCUGCAGAAGCAGAUUAAGAGGUGCACGGGAAUCAUCUCGCCAGGGACCACGCCGGUUCAGGAGCCAUGUAAGAGGCAAGGCUCGCCCCAUAACCCAACAAGCAACCUCUCCAGCAAAACGCCUCCCAAGAAGGAUGGGAUACAGGCCAACCUGCAAAGCAAGAGUUUGGCUGCCCUCUUCAACUCGGCGAAGGAUGUACGAGGAGAGAGGGCCAAGAAGCCCCUGCUGCGGCAUCGGAACCUUCCUCCAUCCUUCUUCACGGAGCCGGCCAACAGCUCCAGAGUUACAUCUACUUCUGGCAUGUCGCUCAAAGACCUGGAGCGAGGGACUCUGGAUGCAGCAGAGUUCUUGGAGCUUCUUGGACCUGACUACAGCAACAUUGUCUCGGAGCAGGAUCUAUUCCACACCGCACCUAUCAGGAUUCAACAGGAGGUGACUGUGGGCCCCGAGCCAUAUGACUCCCACCAUUUUGUAAGUGGUGGGUUCUUGUACACUGAGCCUUGGGGCACUUGUAGCAGCACCCCCAAAAAGUCAGGAGACAUGCGGACAGUACCAGUACAGCCAAAUCUUUAUACUCACACAGACCUUUCUGGCAGCGUGCCUGUGGAACAGAGCUCGCCAUGUGCACUUACCUUUUCAAACUUCUUUACAGACUGCUCCGCUCCUUCGGUCUCCUACGAUUUAGUGAACGGAUACAACAGAGGGAGCUUUUCUUCUCUUUAAGCCAGAGAUUUUCUGUGUCUCAGACAUUACAUUGGAACAAAAACACUUAUGCAUCUUUCAGUAUGGUAUUGACAAAGGACGCUACCUACAUGUAAUUGCCUUUUUAAUCCUAAAACAUUUGACUCAAAACCAGCUAAGGAUCCCUUUUAAAACAUUGCUUGAUGGGAUAACAUGCAUACAGUAGCCACCUAUAAAAGGUUUACAAUCUUGAGAAGGUCUUUGCAUCUAAGGACGAACUUUUCACCAAUUAUUUAAUGAAAACAAAAUGCAUUUGACAUAUUUCUAAUCAUAAAUUAACAAAACUACAUGCUUCAGAAAUUAAUUAUAU